CAGUAGGAAUGAUUAGCGAGGCCGACAGCCGCACGGCCGAUGAUCUGGCGGCGGACAUCGAAAAGAAGAAGGAAAAUGAAUUCAAUGAGAAGAACCUUAUUAUCUAUUCAGCGCCAGGGGUGCAGGAGGAGUUGUCUGCCCGCUUCUUGCACAGCAUUGCCUACGUUACCCUUAGGCAACGUUCGCCGGGUCUCAUCCGAGACAUAAUUGCUUUCCUGCGCGACCGUGAACCGGAUAUUGUCAAGCAAUGCGGAGAGUACGCCCAUUUCGAUCUGAAGCGGACCGUGUGGAGUCUGGAGCUGUUGCGCGAGGAUAUGGUUGAGAACAAGGAGUUUGAAAUAUUUCGGGUCAAGGCCCCGGAUACCGAGCGUUGGAAUAAGUUCCUUAACGCCAUCGGUGAUGAUAAGAAACAAUGGUUUUCGUCGGUGUGGCUCCAUGCCGACUGCUACAUGUAUCGGCGCAUCUGGUCAAUCUUCCAGCGAUCGGAUACCCUUGUCGGCUACGAUUACUUCGGGGAGCAGAAGAUGCUGGCCACCAAAAAGGCGGUGAAGCUAAUGAAGUCCAUCCUAGGAUCCACCAAGGACCUGAAGCGCAGCAAAGAAAACUUUCAGCGCCUGCUGAAGCUGUCGCUGUGGGGCACCCGCAAUGCCUAUGUGUCGACCGCCCGCCUCAACGACAUGCUGGCGGAGUACGAAGCCGAUCUGCUUGUCGAUCAAUCGGCGGCGGUGUGGCGGGAUCUUAGACGGGCCUAUGAUCCCGUCUACGUGGAUAUUGUGACCGACAAUGCUGGCUUCGAGCUUUUCACGGAUCUCGUUCUGGGCGACUACAUCAUCCGAUCCCGGCUGGCGCAACGGGUGCGCUUCCACUUGAAGGCCAUUCCCUGGUUUAUUAUGGACGCCACCCACGAGGAUUUUCACUGGCUGCUUGACUUUCUUCGCGAACAAAAUCAUCCUGAGCUCCAAAACUUUGUCAAUGAUGUCCAGCAGCACUUGUUGGAUCGCUCCUUUAUACUGUGCGAGAAGAGCUAUUUCUGGACCAGUGGCUACGACUUCAGCCACAUGAAGGAGGUGCAGCCCUGCCUGUAUGUCUACCUCAGCGAGGCCUCGCUGGUGAUCUUCAAGGGGGAUCUCAAUUACCGCAAGCUGCUCGGCGACAUCAACUACAGCUCCACCGAUAGCUUCUCCGACUGCCUGCGCGGCUUCCAGCCGACCAGCGUCUGUGCCCUGCGUACCAUCAAAACGGACCUCUACUGCGGCCUGGCCGUCUGCCAGCUGGAGUGGCUGAACGAGGAUGAACCCGACUGGAUGGAGAAGGGCGAGAAGGGGGUUAUCCAGAUAGCAGUCAAGCAUCGCCUGUCGGGAGAUAUAAUUGUGGAGAUUUGAGAUACUCUAAGUCCUAAUUAAAUGCAGUUUUUUGUCCUGAUUUUAUUCCAAA